GUGCAGUCCAACAGUUAGUUAAGAGGCUUGAGGUAAAGCGCGCGCCAGCACUGCGCGUUUGACUGCCUCCGAAAGCGCACGCGAGUAUCGUUUGCGCAACAUAUAAACCAACACCGCGACGUAUAUAAAGCCAUAAGCCACAGUUACGAAAUUCGUCAAUCCUUUUCUGAGACCUUCAGUCGACUUCAAUGCCGGCUUGAGCCUUACCGAUUGUGACACGAUCGUGCGGGAUAUGUGUUAUGGUGAUUGAAUUUGAACGUAACGCAACUGUCUAAGAUGAAUAGACCCGCGGCGCAGGGCGUGAUGCCCGUCGUGCUGCUGUUGCUGUUGGCGACUACUGGUUCUUCAGAAGAAGGCAGCCGCGUGAAGCGCUUACGCGCUGACGCGUCUAAUGUAGCGAGAGAGCCUGCGCAGGCACUGGAUGCGCCAGAACCGGAGGCUGAUGCAGCGCCCGCCCCUCACGCUUUCCUCAGUCCUUCAGUCAAGGAAUACCUGGAGCUUGGAAUGGCUAUUCCAGGAAAACCCGGAACUGACUACCCAGUGCUGGGCGCGGUGCCCUACACGAACUUCUACUGCGAUGAGCAGCCGUACCCUGGUUUCUUCGCCGAUAUGGAGACCAGAUGCCAAGCCUGGCACUACUGCGACAUCGACGGCCGGCAAGCUUCCUUCCUCUGCCCCAACGGGACAGUGUUCUCCCAAGGGGUGGCGUCCUGCGACUGGUGGUUCAACGUCCGCUGCGCCUUAUCACCCGCUCUCUAUCCUCUCAACGCACGUCUCUAUAGAAGGAGGAGAAAGAACUCCCGCCCGAAGCCUCACCGGGUCAUAGAUAAGGAGCUUGUCGAUGAAAUAUUCUUGUAGAUAGUAGAAGUAGCUGUUAGUGAGUUUUGUUGAUUAAUACUGAACGGUCUAUCAGUAAUAAAUUUUACUAUACGUAUGGGUCGUCAAAAACUUACAUACCGCGAUUCAACCUACACACAGCUCCAUCUAUCGGUCACUCAAAAUACUAUUAUAUGAAGCUUAACAUUAAACACAACCCUCGCAAGGGGUGGCGUCGUGCGACUGGUGGUUCAACGUCCGCUGCGCCCUGUCACCUGCCCUAUAUCCUCUCAACGCGCGUCUCUAUAGAAGGAGGAGAAAGAACUCCCGCCCGAAGCCUCACCGGGUCAUAGAUAAGGAGCUUGUCGAUGAAAUAUUCUUGUAGAUAGUAGACGUAGUUGUUUGUAGUGCUUGUGAUUGAUACUGAACGGUCUAUCAAAAAUCAAGUUAGACUCUCCCGCACUCAAUCUGUACAAGUCGCAAAAAGCCCACAAGUAGUAACUUGAAUAGAACCAAGAUUCCAGUGGCAAGUUUCAUUUAUUCCGAAAUAAUUUUGACUAUAUGUAUGGGCCGUCAAAAACUUACUACCGCGAUUCAACCUACACACAGCGCCAUCUAUCGGUAACUCAAAACACUACAUAUAUGAAGCCUAACAUUAAACACAACCCUCCCAAGGGGUGGCGUCGUGCGACUGGUGGUUCAACGUCCGCUGUGCCUUGUCACCCGCCCUCUAUCCUCUCAACGCUCGUCUCUAUAGAAGGAGGAGAAAGAACUCCCGCCCGAAGCCUCACCGGGUCAUAGAUAAGGAGCUUGUCGAUGAAAUUUUCUUGUAGAUAGUAGACGUAGUUGUAUGUAGUGAUUUGUGAUUGAUACUGAACGGUCUAUCAAAAAUAUAGUUAGACUCUCCCGCACUCAAUCUGUACAAGUCCCAAAAAGCUCACAGAAAGUAAUCAAGAUUACAGUGGCAAGACUCAUUUAUUCCGAAAUAAUGUUGACUAUAUGUAUGGACCGCCAAAAACUUACAUACGGCGAUUUAACCUACAUACAGCGCCAUCUAUCGGUAAUUUAAAACACUACAUGUAUGAAGCCUAACAUUAAACACAACCCUCGCAAGGGGUGGCGUCCUGCGACUGGUGGUUCAACGUCCGCUGCGCCUUAUCACCCGCCCUCUAUCCUCUUAACGCGCGUCUCUAUAGAAGGAGGAGAAAGAACUCCCGCCCGAAGCCUCACCGGGUCAUAGAUAAGGAGCUUGUCGAUGAAAUUUUCUUGUAGAUAGUAGAUA